CACUUCACACACAGUUUAGUUUGUUUAGACCUUCUGUUUUUAAAUUAAAGAAGUUAAGGUCAAAUAAGAAGACAACCGAGUUCAUACCAACGCGGUAACAAUGAAGCUGACGGACAUUAAAAAGUUAAAAGUGGCCGAGCUGCGGUCCAGACUGAAAGAACUCGGGUUGGACAGCAGAGGACUGAAGGCUGAGCUGGUGGACCGGCUGUGGUCCGCAUCCCAGACGGGACCGGGAGGGACAGACGGCGGAGAGGAGCUGAAACUACAACCUGACAAUUCACCGACAGAGACACAGGAGCUGAAACUACAACCUGACAGCUCACCGACAGAGACACAGGAGGUCCACACUCCGUCCUCCUCACCGCCGGUAGAAGCUGGUGUCUCUGCGCCAUGUGAAGCAGAACCCAGCAGAGAGUUCACAAACACCGGCACACAGACAGAGGCUGAUCUCGGUCCUCCAGCGCUGCACUCCGGAUCUGAGUGUGCUUCAGGGGGUGUGCCUGUCUGUCAGACUGAGGGAGACCAGCUGGGACAUGCAGAGGGUCCUGGAGAGGACAGGGGGGCUCUGUCAGCAGAGGACAUGGGCCGAGGAAGAGCUUUCUACGAGUUCAAAGAGGAGAUCCGAUACAAGAGAGCCAAAUCACCACAGCCCCCACUGGAGAGGGAGGAGGCAGAGGAACCAGAUGAAGAUAAAGUCAGAUUAGAUCCAUAUGGCUGUCACCUACACUUUGAGGUGGGUCCUGAUGGAUCCUGUGGGCAGCCGCGGUUCUGGUCUCGGUUCCCCUUGCUGUGGUCGGGCUGCAGGCUCACCCACGGGGUGCAGUGGGGCAGGGUGGGCUUUGAGGUCCGGCUGGAGAGGAGGUUGUUUACUACCCAACCAGAAGACCAAGACGUCAGAGAACCAUAUGGUCUGAGAGUAGGCUGGUCAGUGGCCGACUCCUCUCUGCUGCUGGGUGAGGAUGAACUCUCUUUUGCUUAUGAUGGACGCGGUAAAAGAGUGUCAUGUGGACAGGAACAGGAGUUUGGAGAAACUUUCUCAGAGGGGGAUAUCAUCGGAUGUUAUGCUUCUUUCUCCACAGACGGUGCUGUUGAACUCUCUUUCCAUAAGAACGGUCGUUCCAUGGGUGUAGCUUUCACCCUGGACACUUCGGUGCUGCUGGGCCGUGCUCUGUUCCCUCAUGUCUUCUGUAAGAGCUGUUCAGUCAGAUUACUCCUGGACCCCACAGCUCCUCCGUGGUACCCCGGCCCUCCAGGGUUUACACCUCUAGCAGCUCUCCUUGCUGGGCAGAAGAUUCGCUCCAUGUCAGCUCCUUCCUGCAGAGCACAGUGUGAGGUGGUGCAGGUGGUGGGUCUUCCAGGUUCUGGAAAGACCCUCUGGGCCCGAACUCACAUGAAGCAGCAUCCAGAGAAACAGUACAGGCUGCUGGGGACAGAGGAGCUGCUCGCAUGUAUGAUUAGUGGCGGACAGAAGGACAGCAGGCUGCGACAGGCCUCUCAGUGUCUGACUGAUUUGAUCAAGAUGGCUGCUGAGACUCCUGCCAAUUACAUCCUCGACCAGUGUAACAUCCUCUUCUCUGCACGUCGUCACAAGCUGCAGCUGUUUGCAGGCUUCAUACGGCGGGUGGUGGUGGUCUUCCCCUCUGCAGACGAGUGGAAACGACGACUGUUGCAGCACCAGAUGACAGACGGGGAGCACAUUCCUGAGACCGCCCUGCUCAAACUGCAAGUGAGCUGCAGUCUUCCGGAGCAGCAGGCCGACCUGCUGGAGGAGCUGCAGUAUGUGGAGCUGCCUCAGGGCCAGGCUCAGAUCCUCCUGCAGCAGUACAAAGACGAGGCUCGCAGACUACUGCCCCCCAUCCACAAACAAGAGAAGAAGAAACCCCGACUUUACAAGAAAAGACCCCAUCCUCACGGCCCUCCACUCCCGCACAGGAUCCAGUGGACUGGUUUUAAAGGGCAGAGCGACACAAGAGUCAACAUGCAGCCAUGGAACCAGCAGCCAAGAUAUUGGAACGUUCCUUAUCAGGAGCAAAGCUUCUACUACAACAGAGACGUCGGUUAUGGCUCUCAUGAGGGUUACUGGUGAGGAAACCUGGAGGAAGAAGAAACGGAUUUUGCUGCACAAUCUGUGAUUGCAAUGACAACAAUGCUGCUGAUGUCAUUUAACUCAUCAGUGAGUUUGUAGUUUACAGAGAUCUCAGGCUGCACUCUCUGCGUUGACCAAUCAAACAUAACAAGUGUUGUGGUUUUUAAUAAUUUUAUUGAUAAAAACAAGGCCGCUUUUUAUUCAAAAAUAUUUUAAGAAGUUUCUACUGUAACAGGCACUACACAGUAUUUUGCACAGUUUUAUCAGCAGUGUUGGUCAAUAAGUGAUUUAGGUAAAUAAAUCUCUGAACUUGA